AUGCCUGGGUAUUGUGAUGCUCGCCGGCACCCAGAUCCGGUAGGACUGGCGACUCUCCCUGGGGGCCUGAUCCUGCCCGGCACUGGGGAGGGGAUCCCCUUCACCUACCGGGGGCUGCCCUGUCCCUACGCCUCCUCGCUGCUGGCGGGCACCUUCGCUGACGGGGGGUAACGUCUGCUGACGGGGGGUAACGUCACCCUGCUGCGCGUCACCGCCGUCGUCAUGAUCCUCUUCAUGGUCGAUCGGGGUUUCUACCCCCACGACAAGGUGCUGGAGUCCCAGCUCUGGAAGAAAGUGGUUUACGCCGGAGGGGUGGCGGCCGUCCUCUUCUCGCCGGCGGCGGUGGCUUCCGUCUACUGCCUCGCCUGGUCGACGUCCUACAUCAUCUUCCCCUUCGCCGUCUGGAGCUGCAAAGCCUAACCCCUGCCUUCGCCCAACGCCUAGUAAAGCCUUCCUCCUCCUCCUC